AUGGAAAAAGAGCAAUAUCGGUCGGUGAUUCGAUCCUUGUUUUUGGACGAGAAAUCACGCAGCGAAAUCAAAGAGCGCUUGGAUGCUGUAUACGGUGACUCUUCUCCUUCGAUGGCGACCGUCAAAAAUUGGUUUAACGAGUUUCAACGUGGUCGCACGUCGGUUUUUGAUGAGCCACGCCCAAGUGCCCCGAAAACGGCUACCACGGAGUGUAACGUGACUAAAUUCCACGAUCUCAUAUUGGCAGACCGACGAUUGAAGGUGCGCGAAAUAGCUGAAACAGUAGGCAUCUCAAAAGACCGCGUGGGUCAUACCCUGCAUGAAAUUUUGGGCAUGAGAAAGCUGUUGCCGCGAUGGGUGCCGCGUUUGGUCACUUCGGUCAACAAGCGCAACCGUGAGACCACUUCAGAGCAGUGUUUGACGCUGUUUAAGCGCAACCCGAAGAAGUUUCUGCGUCGUUUCGUGACCAUCGACGAAACAUGGAUCCACUGGUACACACCAGAGACCAAGGAACAAGGAGUAGAAUGA